AUGACUUCCUCAAAUCUCAGAGAGUCAAUCGAACGUACCGCCAGGCAAUUCUUUGCCGCGUAUGUCGAGAGUGGUGAAAAGAAUGACCCAAGUAUCAUCAACCGCGACGUCGACGAAAACUGCAAACGUUACUACCGUCCUCUCUCCCUAUGCGAUUUCUUCGGAGUUCCUGGGGACUGGUCCCAUGACAACAAGGCUUAUGAGAGCGUAAUCACCAACAAUCUCACUAAGGGAUCCCUCAAGACUUGCGAAGUGUCAAACUUGACAAUCGAUGUCGAUAUUCGCCGAGUAGCGGCCACAACCCAAUCCGAUAUGGUGUUCAAAGAUGGCGAGUCUUUUAUUAUGGAGCAUGCUUGGACUUUGGACUUUAAUGAUGACGGAUCAAAGAUUGUUAGAGUUGUUGAGUUUUGCGACCAGUUGGCUACGCGAAGGAUGGUGACAAAGGUGUAUCCCGAGAAGUUUGGUAACGCCGAGUAG